AUGACAGGAAGGAAGGAAGAGCUGAGGGAGUUUCAGUCCCUAAAGGAUGGUGGAUGUGUGAAGUAUGGCAAUAACUCAUAUGGCACAAUCAAAGGAUAUGGUAUGAUAACCAAUGGAGACUUUUCUAUUCGAAAAGUAGCUUAUGUGGAAGGAUUGCAGCAUAACCUCACGAGUGUGUCACAAUUACUUGUGGGAACAGGUUUGAAGGUUUCAUUCGAUGAUGAGGGCUCUGAAAUAAUUGAGAAGCAAUCCAAAAAGGUUUUGUUAAAGUCUGAACGCAAGGGAGAGAUGUAUCCUUUGAAUCUCAACCCAAUUCGAGGAAAACCAGCCAUAUACCUGCUAUCAAAGAAAUCAGAUGCGAUGCCCAAGUUGAAGUCGUUCAUCAAGCAAGUGAAAGUACAACUACGAAUGCUGAAAGUUCAAAGGAGCAAUAGUGCCUUGGGGGAAAUAUUUCCUGAAUCAGGACAAGUCUCGGUUCCAAUAUCCAACUUAUUUGAAGGGUACAUUCAGCUAUUUGAUGAACCAGAGAAAGCAGAAAACUCAUAA